UCACCGGACGUGCCUAGCUGGCUUGUUGGGCUGUUCUGGGCUCAGUCUGUUCCCGUCGACGACUUUCUCUGAGUGGGAGCAGUCACUAAAAACCAGGGAGAUCUCUGCACAGCGAGUGGAAAGCACACUUUACCAGUCUGCUCUCCACAUUUUACACGAGUCGAGUUUAACUUUUAAUUAAAUAAAACAGGAGUUCCAGCUCUGUCAAAUCGACGCCAUGGACCCCGCCAGCCAAGAUAUCAACCUGAACUCUCCUAACAAGGGCCUCGGUGUGGAUCAUUCAGACAGCCUGUCCGACGUGCCGGUGGAGGGAGCGGUGGGGAACUCGGCCAACCCUCUUCCACCUGGCCUGACAGAGGAAGAGGCUGAGGAGCUCCGCAUUGAGCUCACCAAGGUGGAGGAGGAGAUCAACACUCUGCGUCAGGUUUUGUCAGCCAAAGAGAGACACGCCACAGAGCUGAAGAGGAAACUUGGCCUCAGUCCGCUCAACGAACUCAGGCAGAACCUCACCAAGAGCUGGCAAGAUGUACAGACCUCCAACGCCUAUGUGAAAACCACUGAGAAACUGGGAGAGUGGAAUGAGAGAGUUACCAGUUCGGAUCUAUAUCUGUCUGCCUCAGCCACUUUGGAAGACAUUACCCACUCUGAAGCAUACAAGAAGACUCAGGAGACUCUUUCCCAGGCGGGACAGAAAACCAGUGCAGCUCUCACCACAGUGGGCACGGCCAUCAGCAGGAAACUGGGCGACAUGAGAGCUCUACCUUUCUCUAAUUCCUUUAGUAGCAACUAUUCCAUUCGCCACUCGAUAAGUAUGCCGGCCAUGAGGAACUCUGCAACCUUCAAGUCUUUUGAGGAUAAAAUGGGGAACCUGAAGUAUAAGGUUGUUGGCACCAGAGGGAACGGGGAGGCCGUCAGCUCCCCCACCGACACCACCCCCACUCAGGAGAACCCGCCUUUCUGAACGCACCUCACCUGCUCCUCUUCCUCCUCCUCGCUGCCACCUUCCUCACGACCUGAGACUGUACUGUUAUCACCUCACAUCGCAGAGUCAGCCCUGACCUUUGACCCUCCACCUCACCGACUUGCCUCCACUCACUUGCCCUACCCCCCCACCCCACCCCCAAGUUCUGUAAACGCCAACAGGGCGGAGGUGAAGGACUCGUGGGUUUGAGGUGCUGCUGGUCCUACGGCCUCCACUCCUCUGCCUCGCUGUUGAAGAAAAUGUUUUGUUGAUGUCUAAACCUACAUCAUUUACAGACCUUGCUUUUUGUUACAUCACUGCUGCCUGCCUCCACCUCCUCCCUGGUCACAUCCUCACCCCCUUUUGUUGGUCCAAAUAAGUCGCGACACAAGGCUCCUGCACUCGUCAGAUGCCUUUUUUUGAACAGUGUUUCAGCAAAUCUCCUGACUACAGGCUGAAAGGCAUUAUAAGAUGUCAGGUUCUUAAACUAAACUACAUCUUUGAUUUAUCAUCCCUUAAUGAGGCUGCGGUGAUACAUCAGAAAUUUAACCUGCAGUUGUAUUUUUUAUUCCAACUCAGUUUAGGAACCAGAAUAUCUGCAGACUGAGCAGGGGGGAGGAUUUUAUGGGCGUAAGCACGAUAGUUUAUAUGCUACUUAAACCUGCUAUUUCUGUCCUCUUUGUUUCUGACUGCUCUCACCUCCACACUGUGAGCACCUGCCAGUGUCACCACAGUACCCCCACCUUUCUGUCCAGUUUGCUUCACAGCUCUGCGGCUCACUCACAGGUUAGAGGUUAGUGGUUUGACUGGGGGAGGGGUUGAUGGAAGUGGGGGGGGCGGCUACGAUCCAGCAACCCUCUUAGACCUACUACUGCUACAUGCAUGUGCAUAUCUCAUCUCAGUUGUAACAUACCAACCAUGCAAAGACGACCGAGGUCUCGUGUAACACCUUAUUAACACCCCAGAUGUAAAAACAGAAAAAAACCUUAAACCAUUUUGUAUUAUAAACUAUUUUACACUGCUUUGCAUAAUGUUUUUACAUAACUUUUAUCAAUAUGUAUAAAUAUAUAUGAAUAAAUAUAUCGUCACUGAUGCUGCCAAACGGUAGUAAUCAGGUUGGGAGGUUAGAAAAAAAAAAGCAGGGGGAGGCUAAACAAACUUUAAAUGUGGAAAACAAAGAAACACUAUGGGUCAGUUUCACAGACGUGAGUUACCUUCUGUCUGGAGUUCUUUCUGUUUAAAAGUACAUUUGUGGUCUAAUAACCUGUUACUGUGUUUGUGAAACUGACUCAUUCAGGAGGAGGAACAUAAUCGAACUGGUUUCAUGUGAUAAAACUGGAGGUGCGUUUGAUCUCAGAUGCAGCAUGUUAACAUUUGCAAGUCAAAGCUAGAAAAACCGAGCGCUUCUCAAGGGUUGAAAGUGUGUUUGAAGCCACUUUGACUGUGUUUGUCUUUUCACCCUGGUUUGACUGCUGUUCCCUUCCUUUUGUUGACACACAGAACUCAAUGUGAGACAAUGCUUUGCUGUGUACACUACCUGGUGAAUGUCAACGCUUCUCUAUCGGCCUUACUCACUUUAAAUAGUUCACCUGUUAUUAUAAUUUAGCUGGUAGAACAGAGAUAGUCUAUUUUCUUUUCCUUGUUUUUGUUAUCUUCCUGAUUUGAUUUUUAUUUUUUUUAAGUUGUACAGACUGGUUUUGAUUAAAGGACGGGAGGGGAGUUAGCGUUAAGAUGUUUAGAGUCCGACGGGCCACAGAAUGUGUCAUGAAAGAAAACAUCUCGCUGCCAUAGCAGAAGCUUUGCAACAACCCCCUUAAUGCACACAUGAGCACACAAAAGCACUCCUGUUAACACACACUAAAUGCCCUGAUCGCACACACACGCUGCAUGAGGCCAAACUAACACAAAAUCAUUGUUGCUCUUAUCAUUGUUCACAUAUAUCACUUCCACACACACACACACACACACUGUGAUAGGACAGUAGCUCUUGCUGAGACCACAAGGCCUCAGAAACAGUGACCGUAAACCUGAGAGCACAGAGUUGUGCUGCACCGUCACUUUUCUCUUGAUCGUGGGAAAUAAAGAAAGUUGUAUUCUGCACUAAGUUUGCUGAUACAAGGGCAACGUUGCCUCUACUGGUAAAAUAUCCCAACACAGCUGAUUGCCACAAAAUGUUGCCCUGCGCCAUGACUGUAGGAUUUGUGUUGCCAAAAUUCAGUGCGCCGUCUCAAAAUGUCAUGGGUGGACAGGUGCUUUAUUGAGUCAGGAGUAGAAACUGGGGUAAUUAUGAGUUGUUGCAUUUGUAAACAUUUUGGAUCAUUGAAUGAUUUUAGCCAAAACUUCUCAGGAAGUGUGUAACUUGCUCGUAAACCAGCAGAAGAGCAGUAGGUUUAAACCGUUCAAGGAUAACUUCCAGUACUUUUUAACCUUAUUUUCCCAUGUUUUUGGGUGUAAAUGAUUAAUGGGGAAGAGGCAGUGCAGUGUUGAUCAAGAGCAGUGUACCUGGGAAACUGUCCACGUCACUGUACGUCCACUAAAGUGCUUGUUUUUGCCACCGACAGGCUCAGAUUGUUAUAAGUGUCUGAGAACAUUAUGGAGAGGAUUCCUCCUGUCAGUGGCAGAAAACAAGCACUUUAGGGGACGUACAUUGACGUGGACAGUUGCCCAGCUCCAUGCAACAGUUACAGGUACACCGUUCUUGAUCAGUACUGUGAUACUAUCAAUCAUUUACACCCCAAAAAACCUCUGAAAAUCAGGUCCGGGUUUAAAAAUACUGCAGUUAUCUUUUGAGUUCGGACAGAACAGUCAGACAGCAAUUAAAUGAUAAUACAGUUUGUAAACCUGAGCCAAAGGUGUUUAUUGAAUGGCAACAUUGCCUGAUUCUAGGUGUUUGACAAUUGGACUCAUUCAAAUUUACUUUUUAGACAUGUUGCUCUGGAUUAUUGAUCAUGCGUUGAUGAUACUUGUGCCACAUCUGACUCGAAGCGUUGGUCAGUCUUGAGUUGCUGUUGAGGUGGAUUGUUUUUUUUUGGGUUGGUGGAGAUGUCUGAAAAUUGCCUCAAAUGUUGCCAAAGCCUUUUUUUCUUUUUUCUUUUUUUUUUACCCAUUACAGCCAGAGAAUAUUUCCCCCAGAUGUUGCUCUUGUAUCUUGGCUCAUGUGUUUGGAUCAGGGAGAUUUAAACUUGCUUGUAAACCAGUAAAACAGAAAUAGCUCUACAAUGAACAAACAUGAAAUGAAAAUACACAGCUUAAAAAAAAACUUCCCAUCAAACUGUUGCCAGUGUAUCAUAACUUAAGUGUAUUUUCUUGUUUGUUGAAUGUGUUUGUGUUGAUCAUUUUGGUAGUUAAUAUAUUCCUGUUAGGUGAUUUAUGUUUUUCUUUUUGGCUUUUCUUUUUCUAUUUGGAAGAGGUGGACUUAGGAGAAAAUUUAUUAUUUGUACAAUUAAUUUGCCAUCAGUUUAAAGCAAGUUGCCAAUAUUUGAAUAUCUGUUACAGAGUCUCUCUCUGCCUCUAAAUCUCAUGGAGUCUCUGAACUUUCUGCUUCGCUGAACGAAAACGCAGAUGCACACCACACGAAAUGUCAAUCUCAAGUCGUUAAAUUUAGCGUUUACUCCUAAAAUCAUAUUUGAUUUUAAGACAAAUUUGCUGUAUUAAAGGACUUGGAAGAUUAAGAUUUCUGGCAGUGAAGCUGUCUCCUGUUUAAAGCUGCAGUUUUGGGGACACUGAGAGAUGAAAAAAAAAAAAAGGGUGGUGUACUUUUGUUUCUGGGUGCUGAUGGGAAGUGCAGCACAUGACGAGUUCGGCUCCGAGCCAGCGCAGAGGCUGGAGGACAGUAGAGUACUUAUAGCUUUAUUUAGGUCCAGGGCCUAGCUGACGUAGAUUAUUAAAAGGGAUCAGACUUGGAAGAUCACGGUGAAUGAAUUAAAAACAGUUUUUGGUUUUGUUGUAUAUGUUUGGAUAUCAAUAAAGCAUUCCUUUAAAUGA